UUUACGCUACGUAUAUACUCUACUGUAAUUCAUUAAUUUUUGAGGGGUGAGUUUGAUUCAUUAACUCUUGGAUCUUUGGGUUGGGGUCUAGGUUUUCUUAGAGAAGUGACUUUAUGUCUUUAAUGGGUUUGUUGAAAGAUGUGUCAGUGACAUGAAGAAGACGAACAACAACACUAAGCUUGAAUAAAUGUUUUGCAUUCAUCUUCAUUACACAACACCACCACACAAAACAGUGUUUUCAUGAUACUCUUCUGAAAAAGUCAAUACCGUGAAAAAGAGGAGUCUCUUCAUCAGCCAUUACAAUGUCUUCUUCUUGCUUGAUGAUCUUCAUUUUCAUCCUCUUACUCUGUCUCUUGUCUUCCUCUGCUUCUGCACCAAAUUCGACAUCCGAGACUGUGACUCUCCGGCCACAAAGAGAGAUUCAGAAGCUGAAAUACAUCAGAAAACAGCUAGAAAAGAUCAAUAAACCAGCCAUCAAGACCAUUCAGAGCUCAGAUGGAGAUAAGAUAGAUUGUGUUCCAUCUCAUCACCAGCCUGCUUUUGACCAUCCUUUGUUACAGGGACAAACACCAAUGGAUCCACCGGAGAUGCCCAUAGGACAUCAUAGCCAAGAAAACGAAUCCCACGAAAAUUUUCAGCUUUGGAGCUUAUCCGGUGAGUCUUGUCCGGAAGGUACGAUUCCGAUCAGAAGAACGACGGAGCAAGACAUGUUAAGAGCAAGUUAUGUCCGUAGAUUUGGUCGGAAAAUAAGGCGCGUGAGAAGGGAUUCGAGUAGUAACGGCCACGAGCAUGCGGUUGGAUACGUAUCGGGAAGUCAAUACUACGGAGCAAAAGCAAGUAUAAACGUCUGGUCGCCACGUGUCACAAGCCAAUACGAGUUUAGUCUUUCUCAGAUUUGGGUCAUCGCCGGUUCUUUCGCCGACGAUCUUAAUACCAUCGAAGCUGGUUGGCAGAUUAGCCCGGAGCUAUACGGAGACACUAACCCAAGAUUCUUCACCUAUUGGACGUCGGAUGCCUACCAGGCAACAGGAUGUUAUAACCUAUUGUGCUCUGGUUUUGUUCAAACGAACAAUAGAAUCGCGAUUGGAGCGGCGAUUUCACCCGUUUCGUCGUAUGAAGGCGGACAAUUCGAUAUAAGUUUAUUGAUAUGGAAGGACCCAAAGCAUGGACACUGGUGGCUUCAGUUUGGGUCGGGUACACUAGUUGGGUAUUGGCCGGUAUCAUUGUUCACACAUCUGAGAGAGCAUGGGAACAUGGUCCAGUUCGGGGGCGAGAUCGUGAACACACGACCAGGUGGUUCACAUACUACAACUCAAAUGGGUAGUGGCCAUUUUGCCGGUGAAGGUUUUGGAAAAGCGUCUUACUUUAGGAAUCUUCAAAUGGUAGAUUGGGACAACACUCUUAUUCCGAUAUCUAAUCUUAAAGUACUUGCGGAUCAUCCGAAUUGUUACGACAUAAGAGGAGGAGUAAACCGGGUUUGGGGUAACUAUUUUUACUACGGAGGACCGGGUAAAAACUCGAAAUGUCCAUAGAGAAAAAAAAAAGUCAGUAGUGUUUUUGAGCAUACGUAGAUGAGAAUUUUUUUUGGGAUUGUGAGGGACGGCUCAGGACAAAGAUCCGGAGAUUUUUUUGUUGGUUGGUAAGAAAAGAAACGUAUCGAUUGAUUAAUAUGUUAUCAAAUAUGUAAAUUUAUAAUAUGAAAAUGUUAAAAU